GAAACCACAGUCUAUAUCAAGCUACAUAAAUUCCACUCUCUAGUUUUUUCAUGUGGGUGAAGAUGUUGAUGGAUCAAAACAUGCUCAUCGCAUUGGUGUCAUCUCUCCUGAUGUUGAUCUUGGGGCCAUUGAUCAAAGAUAUCAUACUGGUAAGCAAAAAGAUCUGGAGCUUCUUAUGCACACUUACAAAGUACCUUGUGCACAAUGACACCCUCGCCGUAGACUCUGUGGUGCUUGAUGAUAACAUUUCACCGCCGGCACAACUAGCUUGUGGUGGAGGAUUGACCUCUGGUGACAUAGAAAUUGUCACGGCGAGGCUAGGUCUUACCAGGUUUAGUUACCAAGGGUGUGAAGGACUUGGUGUCGUAGAGGAGUUGAUGGACGGUAAGCAAGCGAGCCAGGACGAGCUAGAGGAGGCCUUCUGCAUUUUCGACCGUGAUGAGGACGGGUUCAUAUGCACCGGGGAGUUGUGGAACGUGAUGAGGAGGCUUGGGUGGAAAGAAGGGGCGAUGUAUGAGGACUGUGUGAGGAUGAUCCGUGCCUUCGAUGAGGAUGGAGACGGAAAGAUCAGCUUCCUCGAGUUCAGAAGGAUGAUGGAGAAUGCCGUUUAAGUUGACCAGAAUGUUUUUGCUACUUUGCCUCCGUAGUGUAAAAUAAACGGUUGUAAACUGUCCUAUGAACAAUUUAUGUCGGUAUGCUAAUUUAA